GCGUGCCUCAGAGCGUGUGCCCGCACUGCCCCAUCGCGUGGUCUUCCUUGGCUUCCAUAUUGCAGCGGUAUAAGGUCGGAAGGGCCGCCCGGUGACUGAGCAGAGCAAGCGCCCGCCGUCUAGGCCGCAACCCUUCGCGUGCAGAGAAAGAAGUGUGUGUGAGAGACACAGAGAGCGCCCGCCCGGGGUGGUGGGACAUGGCCACUCAGGUAGAGGCUCCGCUCAUGCCGCCGCCCCUGCAGCAACCAGCAGCGGCACCGGACUCGGACGGGGGCAAGCAGGAGCUGGGAUCGGACGGAGACGAAGGGCUGGGACGCAGGGAGUUCGUGGAAGCUCCCCCGCCCAAGGUGAACCCCUGGAUAAAGAGCAGCGGAGGGGUGAAUGGACAACACCCGGCAGACCCUCCAAUCCCCACCAAGGUGGUGAAGGCUGGUAUACCCCGAACAAGACGAGGUAGCAAGGUUGGAGACUUUGGUGAUGCCACCAAUUGGCCGACCCCGGGAGAGAUUGCCCAUAAAAGCACGCCGCCGCCUCAAAAAUUACAACCAUCCAGGAAAUCUUUUGUGAAGAAGGAGAUGAAGGAAGAGAGUGCAGAUGGGAAAGAAAACCAAAGAGUGAGAUCAGAUGAGUCCAGCGAGGAGAAGAAUGGAGAUGAUGACGGGCAGAGAUCAACUCAUAAAAAGAGAGCAACUUCUUUCUUCCCCAUCACAGGAAAUAAACACAAAUGGGUUCCCCUGCAAAUUGAAAUGAAACCCGAGGGACCACGAGACAAAACCACUUCAAGGAACAACCGCCAGAAUGAACAGCAGCGUCACUCUUUAAACCGGAGCGACCCCAAAGUUUGGUAUUCGGAUAACAAACAGGAGCGGGAUUGGCCAGAUUAUGAUGACACCUCUAGCGUGAAAAGCGAGGGUGCUGUACGCGGUGGCUUCAGAGGACGCGGUCGUGGACGAGGUAGAGGGAGAGGACGUGGCCGAGGAGGCAUGCGUCCACACUUUGAUUACCAGUAUGGGUACAGGAAAUUUGAUGGUUCAGAUGGUCCUCGAGGUCAGAAAUGUCCCAGUAAUAUCACUUACUAUUAUGACAACAUGAGCAGCUCAGAUCUGUACAGUGUGGAUCAGGAGCUGCUGAAAGAUUACAUCAGAAGGCAGAUAGAAUAUUACUUCAGUGUGGACAAUCUGGAGAGAGACUUUUACCUGCGUAGAAGAAUGGAUACUGAUGGUUUCCUUCCUUUAGAGCUAAUAGCCACCUUUCAUAGGGUGCAGGCUCUCACCACUGACGUUGCGCUGAUAAUUAAGGCAUUAAAAGACAGUAAAGUGGUAGAAGUCAUUGAUGAGAAAAUUCGUAGAAAAGAGCAGCCUGCUCUCUGGCCUCUCUUAGGUACUUCAGGGGAUGCUUCUCAAACUGACUUUUCCCAACUCGUCAACUGUCCAGAGUUUGUACCCAGACAAGGAUUUCAGAAGGAGACAGAAUCAGCCCCUGGAUCGCCGAGAUCAUCCAGCCCUAAUGUGCCCUCAAAGUCAGAGGAGGUUAGCAACCUGAAGACUAUGCCAAAGGGGCUGUCGGCAAGUUUACCAGACCUAGACUCUGAGAGCUGGAUAGAAGUCAAGAAGCGGCCACGACCUUCCCCAGCCAGGACAAAGAAGCCAGAAGAUGUGAAGUCCCCACAGCAGACAGUGACCGCUGCAGUGACGCCUCAGAAACCCUCCAAGGACCAGGACGAGCCAGAGGAGCUGGACUUCAUGUUUGAUGAGGAGAUGGAACAGAUGGAUGGCCGCAAGAACACCUUCACAGACUGGUCAGAUGAGGACUCUGACUUCGAGAUCGACGACCAUGAUGUGAACAAAAUCCUGAUCGUCACGCAAACCCCACCUUCUCUGCGCAAGCACCCUGGAGGAGAUCGCACAGGAUACCACACGUCCCGGGCCAAGAUGAGCUCUGAGUGGGCCAAAGUGAUCAACGAUGGCCUGUUCUACUAUGAGAAGGACUUGUGGACUGAGACGUUUGAGCCAGAGUAUUCCCAGAUUAAGCAAGAGGUGGAGAACUUUAAAAAGGUCAACAUGAUCACCCGAGAGGAGUUUGACACCUUAACGCCAGAACCUCCAGUUGAUCCCAACCAAGAAGUUCCUCCAGGACCCCCAAAAUUUCAGCAAGUUCCCACAGAUGCCUUGGCGAACAAGCUGUUUGGUGUCCCUGAACCUUCCAUUGCCCGCUCCUUACCGACCACAGUCCCAGAAUCACCAAAUUACCGCAAUGCCCGAACACCACGUACCCCACGCACCCCCCGGUUGAAGGAUCCUACGCUCACGCCUCGGUUUUACCCUGUAGUGAAGGAGGGACGAGCAAUCGAUGCAAAGACACCAAGAAAAAGGAAAACGCGCCACAGUUCUAAUCCACCAAUGGAGUGCCACGUGGGGUGGGUGAUGGACUCCAGGGAACAUCGACCUCGAACUGCCUCUGUGAGCUCCAAUGCUAGCCCUUCUGAGGGGGCUCCAGCCUUGAGCAGUUUUGGAUGUACACCUCAGUCUCUGCCAAAGUUCCAGCAUCCUUCCCAUGAACUGCUGAAGGAGAAUGGAUUUACACAACAUGUUUACCACAAGUACCGCCGACGUUGCCUUAAUGAGAGGAAACGGCUAGGCAUUGGCCAGUCCCAGGAAAUGAACACGCUUUUUCGCUUCUGGUCCUUCUUCCUACGAGAUCAUUUCAAUAAGAAGAUGUAUGAGGAGUUCCGUCAACUCGCCGUAGAGGAUGGAAAGGAAGGAUACAGGUAUGGUUUGGAGUGCCUUUUCCGAUACUACAGCUAUGGUCUGGAAAAAAAAUUCAGAGUGGACAUUUUCCGGGACUUCCAGGAAGAAACCGGGAGGGAUUAUGAAACUGGUCAACUAUAUGGACUUGAGAAAUUCUGGGCAUUUCUGAAAUACUCCAAAGCCAAAACCCUGGAUAUUGAUCCAAAGUUGCAGGAUUACCUGGGCAAGUUCCGUCGGCUAGAGGAUUUCCGAGUGGAUCCCCCGAUUGGAGAGGAUGGAGGAUCCCGAAGGCGCCCCUCCUUGUCGGGAGAAGGCAGAAGAAGGUAUCCUUCACAGUCUUCCAGCAAAGGAUCUAGUCAUCAGUCUCAAUCGGCGUCCCACAACCCAGCAAAGGAGGAUGUCAAAGGCCAAAGCCAACCCUCGACUGCCAUCCCGAAUUCCCAAACACUGGGUGGUGGGGAGAAGUAGCAUGGAUCUAUUUGGCGCUAUGGAGGGUUUUGGGGAGGGAACAUUAGGGACAUUUCCUCAGUGUGGAGGGAUGUGAUGGUUCAAACUUGAUAUGGAUUCCCCUCUACUGCUGAAGGAAAAUUAUUCUGCUUUAAAAAGACUCCUUAUUCUGGAGACAUUGGACUGUUCCCACGGCUUACCUGCCAGGGUGGCGGAUGCUCAUCCUACAAUGGAAGAGGAUCUUGGUUUGCUUUAGGGGUAUGAAAUUUUUAGUUUUUUUUUUUUUUUCUCCCUAUUAGCAGGAACCUGGAGGAAAGGGCUGGAGGAGUUGGGAGGCAGAUGUUUUCCUUCUCCUUUUUUUUUUCUUUUUUUAAAUUAUUGAAUUGCUGCCCUUCCUCUAAACUGGGUUGGCCGAACAAGUGCAGGAUUCAUCUCUGCUCUAACUGCUGAACGGACAAAGCAGAGGUUUGCUGUUACAGGCUCCAGAGGAUGAAACAUCACCACUCCUAUCUGCGUCGGAGCUGCUUGUACUAUAUUCUAGACUCCGCCCUCUUCGCCUGUGGCCUUUUAGAUGAAUUCCUCCCCUGGAUACAACUGAGAAUCUAAAAAUUGGCCACUUGGAGGUGCUGCUGCUUUCUUGUGGCUUCUGUACUACAGCAAAACCCUUUAAAACCCCUGUGGCACACAGCCGACUGCUUUCACCACAGCCUGCAUCUUUUUUUUUUUUUUUUCUUUUUUUUUCUUUUUAAAGAUAUAUAUAUAUAUUUUUAUUUGUUUUUGUUUUAUUGUUACUUCAGACUGUGAAAGAAAAAACUACAGAAAAAAACUUAAUAGCAGACGGCUACAUAUGGAAACGAAAAAAAAAAAAAAAAAAACACUUUGAAAAAAAACUUUGAACAAAAAAAACUGCCUUUCUCUCUCUCUCUCUCUCUCAAAUUAUACUAGGCGAUUAUAAAGCAGAGUACAAAAUGUUGCCUUAUUGUAACCUUGAUACUCAGAGCUGCUGUUUUUGCGGGAGAAUUUGUGGCCGGUUGAAAGCAGAGAUUGCAGAAAAGGGGACGUUGCAUGACAACAAGUGAGCAGUUUAAAUUUUUGUUUUCCAUCACUGCCGCUUAAUUUCACAGAGAGACCUUUCAAGCUUGGCUAAACCCCAGGGUGUAAUUACUGGGUGCAUACAGUAGAAUUUGCCACUGAUUGCAGAGUGAGACUGUUUUUCCUCCUCCAAGGGAUGUAUAGAAUUAAGUUGAUUGGGUAUAUACUGUGCCGAGGGUUGGUUUUGCUCAUCUGCUGUGUCACUUUUGGGCGUGAUAACAGGGCUUCAUUUUAUCAAACGUUGGCAAGUAAAAGCUGGUCAAUGCGAUCCUGGACUGCAUUGGAUAUUUUUAUCGCCGGAGGGCGUUCGAAACAAUACACCGUUUUAACUGUUUAACCAUAUCACUGCCACAGUGUUGUCUGCAGGGCUCUGGAACCAUUGGCAAAUUGAAAAAGUGGUGGUGGUGGUUUAAAUUGUAUGGGGUUCUUUCUAUCUUAAACUCUGUCAUAAUUGUGGCAAAAAGGUGCAAAACCUUUGAGCUGGCAAGGCAUCUGAUUUGUAUGCUGUGAACUUGCACUGCAGCACAGGCGAGAGGAUGGGGUCUGGGUACCCUAAAGUCAGGGUAACUGGGAUGCAACCCUCUUUAGUUUUUGGAAAUCGGGUAAUUGCAUUUCCAUAAAAAAGUGUCUUCGGUCCUACACGCUAAUUUACAAUAUUCUCUAUUAGAAUUCGGUCUAUGAUGGGGGGCCAUUUUGCCAGUGAACACAGCCACAGGUUUGGAACUUCUGGAGUGCCAGUACCCUGUGUUUAAAUGCAAGGCAACAGGUACACCUUGAAUAUGCAGAAUUACUGUAUUCACUUUGCCCUUGGUAGUAAUACUGGUUUAUUGCUUUUAUUCCUGCGGUGGAUGAGUACUAGUCCUGCACAUUAGUUCACUUAGUAUGCAGCAUGGCUGCAUUGUGCACACUUUAUUUAGGGCUGGAUCCUUGAGGAUGAAAUUUUUUUGCUGUUCAAACACAGAAGCUAGUGAUUCCCUUUAUCUGUCCUGCAUUUGUGUUCACCAUCGCUGGUGUCUAGGAGCCAGCAGCUGUUUUGUCCUACUUUUCAUAGUUCUGUCUCACUGGAGAAUAGAGGAGAGAUGGGGAUGAGGGUCUGAAACUUUCAAAAUCCUCUACAAGUCUUUGUAAUGGUGCUUUAAGAUAAGCUCUCAAUGCUCCUCCUUUUUCGAUCAUUUAUGCAGUGGAAAGGGCAAAAUCAUAGCCCAAAAUAUGCUUUUUUAAUGUAUAUUUGUGCUACGGAACAUAUAUUACAUAAUAUAUAAAGAUAUAUUAUAUCAUAUGGUUAGCUGCUGACGAGCCUUACUUGGCCUACUUUUUGUUUUUAUAUUGGGAUUUGACAGUGUAAAUUUUUUUGUUUACAUCACAUUUCUGCAGAGUUAAAUCUGGCUUUAGAUAAUUCAAGGAAACAUUGCAUGGUCCCAGUUUGUUACACCUUACCUAAAGAGGUUUUGCCAGAUCCAAGCUACCUAAACGCCAGCAAAUAGACUCUCUCUAGAUAUUUUAUCGAACCCCUUCAGAAUGCUGGUGUGUACUUAUAAACUCCUAUAGCUUUUUUGCCCCCCAGUUCAGGCUCCAGCCUCCAGGGUGUUCACUAGGUUCUUAAUUUUUACAACUUUCAGAAUUUAGACGAUGUUCCAUUAGCUUCAGGAACCAAGAAUCUGGUUAAAACUUUUUUUUUUCUAGGGAAAAAAAAAUCCUUUACCCACGAUCCCUUGCCAACUUUGAAAUACCAACACCACCACAAGGUUAACCUUGUUCAUGCAAGCUGCUGCCCCGUGUCAUGGAAUGCUAAGUACAUAAUCUUGCCCGUUUUUUAUAAUCCAACAAAUCAUAAGAGAACAGAGAAAAUCAAAAAAAAAAAAAAAGAAAGAAAAUGUAAAAUACUUGAAUGAGCGCUUGUAUUAUAACAUUAAUAUUAUUCAGAGUAUCCAUUCUUAUUGCGUUUUAUGAUUUGCUUAUAGCUGUGCUUUAGUCAUGGUAAUUUGUGGUAAUUCUACUUUUCUCCUUUUUAAUACAAAAAAAUGUAUAAAAAUAAAAACUUUAAAAGACCA